AUGCUGGCUGGGCCCCGGACGGGGAGGUAUGUCUCUGCACCUCCGGCCUGAGAAGCGGGGCGCGCAGGUCCCAAUCAGGGGCCAGAGAACUCGGAAACGACUGGCUCAGCCGGGGCGUUCCGGAGGGCUUUCUGGAGGAGGUGCCAGCGCGGGGCGCGACGGGGUCGGAGCGCGCGCGCAGCGCCCCACCGGGCACGCGCACCCCCGGCUGCGGGCCUUGUGGUCUCACCGCGCGCAGGAUCCGGGCCGGGCGGGGGCGGGGCGCGUCCGCGGAGGGGGGCGGUUGGCUGCUCCCGAGCCCGGCGCCGCGCUCCGUCCAGACCCCGUGACCGGCAGCCGAGGCCCCGCCUCCGUCUGUCUGUCCUUCGGGCCGUCAGCGCAGCAGUGCGGGCACGGGUGGCCGAGCUUCGUGACCAUGAAGGUCAAGGUCAUCCCCGUGCUCGAGGACAACUACAUGUACCUGGUCAUCGAGGAGAUCACGCGCGAGGCGGUGGCCGUGGACGUGGCCGUGCCCAAGAGGCUGCUGGAAAUCGUGGGCCGGGAGGGGGUGUCUCUGACUGCCGUGCUGACCACCCACCAUCACUGGGACCACGCGCGGGGAAACCCGGAGUUGGCGCGGCUGCGUCCUGGGCUGGCAGUGCUGGGCGCGGACGAGCGCAUCUUCUCGCUGACGCGCAGGCUGGCGCACGGCGAGGAGCUGCGGUUCGGGGCCAUCCACGUGCGCUGCCUCCUGACGCCCGGUCACACCUCCGGCCACAUGAGCUACUUCCUGUGGGAGGACGAUUGCCCGGACCCACCUGCCUUGUUCUCGGGGGACGCGCUGUCGGUGGCCGGCUGCGGCUCGUGCCUGGAGGGCAGCGCCCAGCAGAUGUACCAGAGCCUGGCCGAGCUGGGCACCCUGCCCCCCGAGACGAAGGUGUUCUGCGGCCAUGAGCACACGCUCAGCAACCUGGAGUUUGCGCAGAAAGUAGAGCCGUGCAACGACCACGUGAGAGCCAAGCUGUCCUGGGCUAAGAAGAGGGAUGAGGAUGACGUGCCCACAGUGCCGUCGACUCUGGGCGAGGAACGCCUCUACAACCCCUUCCUGCGGGUAGCAGAGGAGCCGGUGCGCAAGUUCACGGGCAAGGCGGUCCCCGCUGACGUCCUGGAGGCGCUCUACAAGGAGCGGGCGCGCUUCGAGCAGGCAGGCGAGCCGCGGCAGCCACAGGCGCGGGCCCUCCUUGCGCUGCAGUGGGGGCUCCUGAGUGCAGCCCCACAGGAGUGACCCAUCCAGGCCCUCACAGGGCUAGGGCCUGCGUCCCUCCUCGUGACCUCAGCCAGGGGGACCCGCGCGAGGGCCACCUCUGGAACAUUCUUUGAGGCCCUGGCCAGCCGUUUGCGCAGCCUCAGAGUGUGCGCCUCGGCAGGCUUGUGCUUCCUGGGUGGACACACAGGACCACUGUGCGGGGCCGUGUGGGCCCCGAGACCUGAGUUUCUGGGAAGCGGCGCGCAUGGAGCUUCUGAACUACAAAUAAAGCUUCGAAAGGCCA